AGGUAUAACCUAAAUUUCAUUUCUGGCAGCUUGAAAGGAAAAAUCCAUUGACAACGACUUCAAUGGAUGUCCUUCGUCUGUAAUUAAAGUAGUAAGUCCUAAAAUCAUCAUCGAUUUGACCACGACAAGAACUACAAUAAUAAUCGCUCCACGUGAUGUUCGUGUCUCAGUCAAAUCGUAUAUUACAAAACUUCUAUUAUAUCCAUUGACUUCAAAGCCUCGAUUGCGAUCGUUUCACAUUUCAGAUCUUGAAUUAAAUCUUCGAAGAUUUAGCUGUUUCUCAGAAAACCCAUAAUCUUUACUUGAAGAGUUAAGUAGAAGAUGACGAUCGGAAGCCUUAAGCCAGCGAAAGAGAGGAACUCGCGCAAAAGCAAACAAGUUGUUGAUGAGAUAGUACCCCUCUUGCCCACCAAGCAAGAAGAAGAUGUUGGGUUUGAUGAGUUCAAUGGGGCUUCCUUCACUGGGGCAGUGUUUAAUUUGUCGACCACAAUUGUUGGUGCCGGAAUCAUGGCCUUGCCCGCAACCAUGAAAGUCUUGGGUCUUGUUCUUGGUAUUGCCAUGAUCAUCUUUAUGGCAUUCUUGACAGAGGCUUCAAUUGAUCUGUUACUUAGGUCCAGUAGAGCAGGGAAAUCAGUUUCUUAUGGAGGUGUUAUGGGGGAUGCCUUUGGAAAGUAUGGCAGGAUUUUGCUGCAGAUAUGUGUUUUAAUCAACAACAUUGGUGUGCUCAUAGUAUAUAUGAUUAUUAUAGGUGAUGUGCUUUCUGGAACAACUUCUAGUGGAAUUCACCAUGCUGGUGUCCUGGAAGGGUGGUUUGGAGAGUGCUGGUGGAAUGGACGUACCUUUGUUCUUCUUGUUACAACUCUUGCUGUAUUCACUCCAUUGGCAUCCUUAAAGCGUAUCGAUUCAUUGAGAUUCACAUCUGCCUUAUCAGUUGCGCUGGCUGUUGUGUUCCUUGUUAUCACAGUGGGAAUCACAUUUAUUAAGUUGAUAAAUGGAAGCAUCUUGAUGCCCAGAUUGCUUCCUGAUGUCAGUGAUUUAGCAUCUUUCUGGAAACUCUUUACUGUAGUCCCUGUUCUUGUCACCGCGUACAUCUGCCACUACAAUGUUCAUACAAUAGACAAUGAACUUGAAGACACUAUGCAAAUAAAGGCUGUUGUUCAAACUUCACUUGCUCUCUGCUCAUCUGUAUAUGUUUUGACAAGCCUUUUUGGGUUCCUUCUAUUUGGUGAUGCAACUCUUGAUGACGUUCUUGCAAACUUUGACACUGACCUUAGCAUUCCAUUUGGCUCCCUGCUUAAUGAUGUUGUUCGCGUGAGCUAUGCUGCCCACCUCAUGCUUGUCUUUCCUAUUGUUUUCUAUCCAUUGCGGCUGAACAUGGAUGGCCUCCUCUUUCCGACUUCAAGGCCUUUGGCUUUGGACAACUUGAGGUUUGCAUUGCUUAGCGUUGGGCUCAUUACUCUCAUCUUUUUGGGUGCAAAUUUCAUACCCAGUAUCUGGGAUGCCUUCCAAUUUACUGGAGCAACUGCUGCAGUUUGCCUUGGAUUCAUCUUUCCUGCUGCAAUUACUCUCAAGAAUCGUCAUGGGGUAGCAACAAAGAAAGACAAGAUGUUAUGUGUUUUCAUGAUUGUCCUUGCGGUUGUCUCAAACCUGGUAGCCAUAUAUAGUGAUGCUUAUGCCUUGUUCAAGAAGAAUGAUGCAUCACCACUUGAAUGAUCUCUCCUGUUACUGUUACAAACCAAUGGACCAGGAGUUUAGCCACAUUUACUGCUGUUAAGACACCGAAAAUACAGAAUGAUCGGGAAUGAAUUACAAAAUCAGGGUUUCCACAAGGACCAGGACUGAUGAGCACAAUUUCUGUGAGGCAAACUCUGCUAAUACAUGAUAUGAAGUUGCAUAGGUAGAAUUGUAUUAAGGCUGUGUGUCCAUUCUGGAUUAUGUACUCUCUCCCCUGUGCAUAUUGUAUUACCCAUUGUGGUUAAUAUUGGAUGUUGUUGUGUGGACUGUGGAUUGAAAUUACAGAAAUACUAGUGCAUAUCUUGAAACUGUCAUGUUUUUCUCCUA